GCCUUCUCUGUCGUGGGUAAGCCACACAGUCUUCAUCUUUGUUUGGUCGUAAUUGGGAAUUUCUCUUUUAUGACCAUCUGCAUCCCUUAUUUGUUAUAGUGAAAAAUGGCUUCAGAUCCAAAGGUUCACAUAUUUGAAGAGGUGGCGAAGCACAACAAGACCAAAGAUUGCUGGCUUGUUAUUUCUGGGAAGGUGUUUGAUGUGACACCAUUCAUGGAUGAUCAUCCCGGGGGUGAUGAAGUUCUGCUGUCUGCAACUGGGAAAGAUGCAACAAAUGAUUUUGAAGAUGUGGGUCACAGUGAUUCUGCCAGAGAUAUGAUGGAGAAGUAUUACAUUGGAGAGGUUGAUCCAUCAACUGUCCCGUUGAAACGGAUUUACAUUCCACCGCCACAGGCUCGGUACAAUCCUGAUAAGAUAUCCGAAUUUGUGAUUAAGAUUUUGCAGUUCCUGGUUCCCCUUCUAAUCUUGGGUUUAGCCUUUGCUGUCCGUCACUAUACCAAGAAAGAGUAGUCUUGCUUUCUACGUUGUCCCCUUUUAAGGGUUAGUUAUUUGUCCUCAGUUGGGCAGUCGAAAGUACAAUUGCUUGUUUCACUUAUGUUGUUGUUCAUCAGAGAACUUUAUAGUGCCUUUUUGGUUCUGGUCGCUUUCUAGUCUGUACGAUGUUUAAAAUUAAAGGAUGAUUAUGGAGAGCAUAUUUUCUUUGACUGUCUCGUUUCUGCAA